CUCGUUAUCUCGCGUCCACAACCCACCGAUUCGCAACGACCUUGAUAACCGCUUCUUUCUCAGAGAGUACACCGCUAUAGGGGUACGCCUCCAGACGGCUAGCAUUUCGGUCUUGAGCGUUUAUCCGAACAAUUAUAGGCAACCAACUUUACAAAAACGAACCAUGGACGACGAAUCGGCAGAGAUUGAGCUGCUAGAGCAAAAUCUGAAUAAAACACGUCAAAUUUCGCAGCGGAUGACUUUGAUAUUGAACAGCUUCGAUACAAGGCUCGCAAAGCUAGAAAAGUCCAUAUUACCGCUAUACAACUCUACGCAAAUCCUUAACCGAAGAGCGAGUAAUAUUGAAAAGGCGCUAAUGAAGAUUGAUGAAGUGGCCGGUAACCAUGAAGGAAUUGCUGCGGAAGAGGCUCUCAUACUACGUGGCCCCAAAACAGGCCAGAUCGAGGUCUAUCAAGAUGCGCUGGAGCGUUUGAAUGCCAGUAUUGCUUUCAAAGCGGCUGACCGUGACUCUCAAGAUACUGCCCGGCUGGUCGAAACGGGUGCGAAGAAACUUACUCAGUUGUACACGAAGUUAGUUGCAGAAGGUUCUUCUGGCACUGCACCCCCUCCGGGCUCGGAUAUAACCCAAGCUCCCUUCCCCUCUUCUCUCAUCUCCGACCUCACGCCCAUCGUGGCAUUCUUGCGGACACUACCAGUACCGACAACCCAUCCAUCGCACCCUGCUGCUUCAGCUAUUCUGUCCGUUCUCAAGGAGGCUCAGCGAGGGUACGCCGACAUGAGGGGUAACUGGGUCAAGAAAUGCCUCGAGGCCUCCGGGAAACGUGUUUCAGAUCGAGCUGACAACAUUGACCCUGUACAAGCUGGAAGGGAAUUUGGUGCUUGGGUUCAGUCAAUCCUUGAUGUUGCCCAGGACGAAUACCGUCUGUUAGCAGACCUCAGCCCGCUUACUGGCGCUUCUGUCCUAGCAUCAUCGUACAGUUCGCUUUUGAAGCCUGUUCUCCUGCUCUUGAGCAACAACGUGGCUUCGCUCAUUGCUACUAUCAAGGGCUCUUUGCAGAAAUACGGCUUCAUUGCUUUAUCUUCUUACGAGUCGUUGAUAGGUAUACAGGAAACUUGGGACGAGAUAUCCUCUCGAAAAGCUCCUGACGGUCGGAAAGGGAAUGACGAGUUCAAGGAGACCCUUCAGAGCGUUCGCAACCUCUGCUUACGGCUGUUCCCUGAAUGUCUGGCCGAUAUCAAGCUGGGAGCUACCAGCCGAGCCGCUGAUACCAGCGUUGAUUUGAUGGUUUCAAGUCUAUCGGCUGUUCAAUUUCUCGACAGGGUACCGGAGGUGCUCGUGGCUACUGGCGAUAUUCUCACCGCAUUGGGUGAUGGUAACUGGAAGAUGGGAGAGGGAAUGCAAGUGGCGAAGCCGAAACCUGGUGGUACGGAUGAACAAGUAUUGUUGGAACAUUACGUUUAUGAUACCGUCAACACCUCGAUCGGAACUCUGAAUACCAUCGCCAAAACCCAGCGAAGACCGCCGUUUGGAUCGAUUUUUCUGUUGAAUAAUAUCUCAUACCUACGGAAGAACAUAUCCGUUAACCCCAAACACGACAGACUUCUCGAUUACCUUUCAAAGCCUACCCAAGACGUUCUCAACUCCAACUAUCGUACCGCCAAAUCUGGCUACUUUGACGCCAACUUUUCUUUGCUUAUGCAAGCUCUGACUGACGAUCCGAAGGAGAAACGGUCUGGUACGAAGGAGAAGUUUACGAGGUUUUAUGAUUUACUCGAGGAAGUGUUGGAUAGGCAUAAGAUGGCUAGGGUGUUGGAGGAUGAUCCGGAAGAAAGAGAGGCGAUUGGGAACGAUGUGUUGAAAUUUGUAAUUCCGUCGUUGAAGGCGUUUACGCAGAAGCAUCGGGAGAAGGAGUUUAGUAAGCAUCCGCAAAAGUACAUUAAGAUGUCUCCCGAAGCGGUUGAGAAUCGGUUGAGGAAUAUAUAUCGAUAGAACCGUUCCUGGAACUAAAUUGGUUACAAUUUUGUAAUGUAUGUAUAUCUUCUUUGAAAGGAGGCUGAAUCGUUUCAUCCGAAUUGCCGUGUACAUAAGUUUCAAGUGAUAGAAUGCUACGGGACCGUACAUAGCUGACGAGGAACUCGUACAGGAUAGUGGACUAGAUACUGUAUAGACUGCUUACGAUGGAUGAUGGGGGGCAAGAAUCCGGGACUGACAGAAAACGGAGCAGGACCCAAACGGGCCUAAAGCCGAGUGUCUGUCAACGGAAGCGGGUGAGUUGAAAGCUGGAUGCGAGAACAACCCAGCUUUCAACGAUCGUCAGCAGUUAAUAAGUAUCCGUAGAACCAAACAUUCUCAAUACUUUACCGGUAACAUGGGAUGGUGGGUGGGUCGAAACAAUGUUCGUCGUCAGUGCACAGACGUCGAACGCGAGAAGAUGGUGGUGCGAAGAGAAGAUGCGGU